UCUCUGUCUUGCUCUCGGCUCAUUGGUCGACUUGUGACCCGCGAGGAUUCGAGAGCGAUAAUUAGGAGUUUUGAGGGAAGUGAGGGAAUAUUCUGCGAACUGCCUCGUCUUCAGCUUCUACCUCGAUGGAUGAUUAUCUCACGGGUUGAGACUUGCGUGCGCGUGAUAAAACGAUCUUUUCUCGCUUUGGAAAAAAUAAGUUAACACGAAUAUCACGAACAAUAGAUAAACAUUUGUUAACUGCGCUUCAAACCGCUGUGAAAUUUGACUCUCCGGAGCGACCGAAGGGCGAAGAGAUAGGGCUGUUCUCCCCGUCCCCAUCCCACCCUCUCAUCUUUCCGAGUCUAUAAAUUUUACGCGACAAGCAUCCAGUGACGCAGCGACUCUUCGUUGGUGCAGAAACACGCGCUAUUUUUCUCCUUGGAGAAAAAUUUAAAUGAUUCGCCGAUCGGCAACGUCCGCGCUGCCGUACAGCGGGCGCGUUCAUCCGGAAGACUUUAAUUUCGUUGUCGCGGCAAUAUGAUUUUACCAGGCGUGGAAUAAAUUUCGCGCCGCGCGAGAACUGAAUCGCGGCGAUAAAGUCGGCGGAAGAGGGAGAUUUGUAUCGACGCGAGGGGACUCAAGCUACGUGAUUUGUUUGAAAUUUUCGUAAUAAUGUCGCGUUGCGCGUUACGCGCAAUGCGAACGAAACGGAAAAAGGAACAGAAGCAGGGGGAAGUGUUUCGAGACAUUCUCUUCCUCCUCUCUCUCCCUAUCUCCGUCUCUGUCGUUCUUUCCCUCUUUCCUUCUGCAUAGAAAUAAAUCCGGACUCGUGCCGCAUUCGUAAUGCGAAAAAGCUCGCGAUACGAUUUCAUUACGAUUACUCGCGGGUGUACGGUCGGCGUCGCGAAAAACGCUAGAUAAGGCCGUUAAAGCGAUACCGAGAGGUGAGCUCGAAAAAAUUCCGACUUUGCGUAUUCCGGGAAUCCCUAUCAAUUAAAUCGCGUCGUACAUUAAAUUGUAUUGGGUUUGCGGCGCAGUCUCUUCUGAAUACAGAAUACGGUCGUUCGCCUUGUUUUCAGCGGCUCGCUGGAUUUCUGCGGUUCUUAUCCGGAAUCUGGUUCGAUGAGAACAGGAAAGGUAAAAAAGGUGGAGGAGGAGGAAGAGGAUGGACAGAUUAAAGUGCAUUUUUAUUCGUCGCAUAUCGGCCAUGCCGGACGCGGAUUAAUCUAUGGUAAAAUAUUACGCCAUUCGCGCGCGGUUUUAGAAUUCCGAAUGCGGAUGCCGGUGCCUCGGGAAAGCGGGAAAUAAUGGUCGACGUAGCAAUAAAUAAAUGAUCAUGCAUUCACCUCCGGUCAAUGAGCACAGGCCAAAUAUUUAUGGGAGCCCGCCCGCGAUAUCGGAUAAAUAGGCGCAAUAAGGGGAUCGUUUAAUUUACUCCCGAUAGAAUUCGAGUGGCCCUAUUCCCUCCGGAGUUGUCAUGUCGAGUCGAAUUUCAGGCACGAUUUUGUCCCGCGAAGCCAACACCCGUUAUCGUUCGCUGAUGAGAAACGCUUUCUUCGACCUCCUGCGCAUAUAAUAAUCUGGCCGUCGCGGUGUCGCGGCGUCGAUACAACAAUGACGCGCCUCGUCGUUUUAAUCGCCGCGAUCGAAGUGAUCGAUCGCCGCUCUGCGAUUCCACGGCUUGGAAAAUGUGUCGUGAAAAUGUAUCGCGGAAAAAUAUGCACCGGGAAACGAUGAGUGGGCCAAUCCCGAUGACGACGACAGACGAUCAUAGGUUGACGACCUGUCUGUCCGGGCCGCGUCAUAAUUUGCACACAGGGUGUCCUAGAAUCAGCGACUUGAACUGCAUCGACAGAUUCCUCUACCUGAAUCACAAACCUCUCUUAACAGAGACAUUAAGACGACAUGUAAUUUUCUUUACACAGAAACACGUGCCCAUCUUCUCCUUUUUUGCCCGAAGCUUUAAGCUUUUUUGUUCGUUUCCUUUUCGAUAUUCAUUGAUAACUUUAAUUUAUUAAAAUUGUACUGAUACCAAUACUGGUAUCAAUACUGAGUUGACACACUGCGACCGUCGUGGUUGGAACAGGAAGGAAGCAUAAUUGCGACCAGCUGUUUACUCAUGUAAAUUGCUUUACCCGCGCCCCAAGGACGACAACGGAACGGCGACGGAAGAAAGGAAAACGGCGAGGGAGGGACGAUUUUAAUUGCACAUCGUAGCUCCGUUGUCGUCUCCUUUUCCGCGCGAAAGUAAUAUGCGUCGGACCGUGCGGAAUUGGAAAACGAACGAGUAAAUAAAUGCAGGCACGUCUACAGAACAUACGUUCGUUGUAAAAAUUGCGCCAUCAAUCUGGGAACAGUGGGGAACUACUCGAUAACUGCCUUGAAAGCAAUUUUAUGUUCGUAUAAUAUAAUUUAGCGUCGCAGGAAUGUGAUUUUGAUAUUUUUCACAAAAAUAUUAAAAAUCUCAAGUAUACAUUUAAUGUAAUUUAUGUUUGCGUGAAAUGCUCAUAAAAUUAAAAAGAGAAACGAAUAUAGUAAACGUAAUAGAUUCAAGAAUCUUAUCGAGGGUUAAGACGUGUUACAAAAUAGUUUAUCGAUAUGAUGGCAAUUCGUUGCCGUUUGUCUGAGAAGAUGGUAUAAAUCCACCUGUACUCGGUUCGUCGAGUAAUCGAUCAGACUUAUCUUCGUUAAUUCGCGCGACGUCUUACGAAGCCAACGUUUUCCCGCUCAUCAUCCUCGUCUUCUUCUUCGCCGUCGAAGACGAAGCUGUCGAUGCGGCCGGAUAAAGUAUCGCGGUGCCGAAUAUACGGCCCGGAGAUUGCAGGCUUAACCGGAAGGCGAGCGACUGGGAAAAACUGGCUUUGGAUUUACGCCUGUCGCCAAUCCCGCGGAUAUAUACGCAAUGCCAUCGAUGCCUGUCGUCUUAUCGAACCUUGAAGUAUCGUCGAAGAAAUCGUGGAAAAGCUAGCGAGCGAGCGAGCGAGCGAGCGAGAGAGAGAGAGAGAGAGAGAGAGAGAGAGAGAGAGAGAGAGAGAGAGGACAGAAGCUCUCGUAACAGAGCGGAGCAGCCGUUCCACUUUCCGGAAUUUUAGGACCCACGUUGCGGGAGAGAGCGCAUGCAUCUCACCAUUAAUCCGAGAGGAUACUUGAUCCACAAAAUUGGCUUCUUAUCGCCAAAUUCUCACUGUUUACUUUACGAGCGCCACAUAAAAGAGUUGAAUACCGGCUGCCGCGACGACAAAGAGAGGAGGAAGGCAAGAGAGUGGUGACUUAGUCCGACUUCAUAUAGUUGGCCGCGACUCGCGUUUCGUGCCCCUCGUUUCCACGUACUCGCAUUUUAUAAACGAGACGUAGAAGGGAGGCAGCGAGAGGAGGAAGCAGAGACGCGUGAUAUACCAUACGAGAACUCCGAGAGUGAGCCCGGUAAAAAGCUCUCAAAGAGCUUCUCAGUCCGUGAUAAGCGUGGACCUCCAUUACGUGCAUACGUAUAUUAAAUAAUAUUCUUUUUCGUCGAUUUUUCCACUUUAACCAUCGCUCGCUCGCGAGUCUGUACAUAUAUAUGUAGUAUUCGAGCUUUCCUUUUUUUUUGAAGAGGGAUUUGUCCGUUUCUUGUCGCUAAUGGCACGUCUCGGUGAAAGCUCGUCUCGCGUUUCACUGCCGAUCGCUUUCAAAGCUAGCUUGUGACUAGAAAUCGAUCGAAAGAUAGGAACCACUCGCGCGUUACAUCUCCCCCCGUCAAAAAUGCACAGGCAGACACGCGUGCCAGACGCUUACCGAGCCGCUCUGGUUUUACCACAAAUGGGGCUUACCGGGGAUUCUUCGCGACGCGACGUUGCGCGAAAAGUUUUACUGGCCUGUUAUCCCGCGCGACCGAAACAAUCCCUGUUGUCGAAAGGCGUUAUUCUCGCCAAGUCUUUGUGCGUGAUCAGAAAGUGAAAGAGGUGCUUCACCAUCGACUUUAAUCUCUAUUUUACUCGGGAACGGUGAUUGCCGGUACACGGCAAUCAGGGAUGGGACCGACCCUACGCGUAACACUGAUGACGAUACGCUUUAGAUAACGAAUUCCUUUGAUUACUUUGCUACUUAAUACGAAAUUCAUGCACAGAAAGCAAUCUUAUCUUCUAUAAUAUAUAUGCAAAUAUUUUUAUUCCAUAUUUUUUACUUGAAUUAAUUGUAUCUAAUGACGUAAGAGGCCUCUGGAUUUUUAAACUAAAAAAGAAGAGUGAAAUUUUUAUCUCAAUUUAUAUUCUCUCAGUUUUAUAUUAUUUUUAUUUUUAUUUUUAUUUCAACUACUUUAAUUUAGUAUCUAAUUUUUACGAGUUUUACAUUACUUUCUAAGAAAAUAGAGUGGUCCAUCAAACUGUUUCGAUUUAAAUGAAAUGAUAGGGGUACAUGAGAUUGAAUCGGACAAACCGUGAAUAUAUGUAUCAACUUGAUCCCAUCCCUAACGACGACCGAGAGUCCAAUCGGCCGCCCAGACGAAAUUCGCGCGCGUUCGUGACUGACCAAUAUAUAGAAAACCGUAAGCUCUCUCGUUUCGGUCAACGACCGUCAUUCCGAUGUGCGGCCGCACCAAAACCUCGGGGGCGGAUAUCGUUGACGACAGCCUGCAAUCAACAAGAACGCCGACAACAACGUUGCAGCACGUUGUGACGCACGCGCGUGGACAUCGCCGCUCGUCCGCCUGACACGAGCCAAAUUAAUUGCGAGCGCAAGGCGGGAUCAAUUAAUGCGCCGCCGUGGAUACCGAGCAAUCAUGGCCGAAAGAAUCCUCGCGAGGACAAAAGGGUAGCGCGGCGGAAUAUUCCGGCAUGGUGCGCUCGCCUCGCACGACGCUUUGUGCAUUUAUGAUUAAAGAGCGGAAAUCGCUUAAUCCGCCGGUAAUAAUUUAUAAACGACGGUGUAUAACAGAGAACAGCCAGAAAGAUGAAAAUGAAGCGAAGAUAACAUCGUUUCCGACAAAUAAAUAGCGCGUGUAGCAGGAAAAACUCGUAUCUAUAGCGUGACACACUUUAGGUAUGCAUUUAUGAUUAAAGAACGCAGAUCGUUUGACCAGAGUACAAUUUGUGAACGGUGAUAAUCGAUUUUCCCUCCCUCCUCUCUCCCUCCCUCUAAAGGAUCUCUAAAGGAAAGUUCUUUCGGCCGUUUCUCGUUCGCACAGCUUUUCGUCGAACAAAACCGCAAACUGAUGUACGCCGCUCGAGUGUUAGUGAUAGUGUUAGUGAUAGUGAUAGUGGCAGUACGGAUGCGACCAAGGAUGCAUGCUACAGCAGAAAGCAGGAAAGAGGGACGCCCGGAAGUAGUGAGGACCGAGGCAAUGACGACGCAAUCGACCAGUGAUAAUCACCGUAGCUUCGUAGCUGAUCAACUACGCCCGUUGCAUUGGCGGGAGCUUCAGCGAAUGAAGGAGGAGUGCGAGCGUUUUUUGAGGGGCACUGAGAACUCCCUGGUGCCCGUCGAUCUCCGCAUCAGCAAGGUGGCUCGACUGAUUUCGGACAAGGGGAGAGGCAGCGGCGGCGGCGACUGUGGUGGCGACGACGACGACGGCGGUGGCGGUGGCGGCGGAGGCAGUACGCCGUUAAACGACGCCGUUAAUUCCGAGCUCCGUUGGUCGUCCGGCGCCCUAGAAAUCCGUGAGACCACGACGGCGGGUAAACACGCCGUCGCAACCGCGGAAAUACAUCCGGGCGAUAUUCUGUUAGUCGAGCCACCGCUGGCGGGCUGUCUCCUGCCCGAGUUCUAUGGCACCCAUUGUCAGCAUUGUUACGCGAGACUAAGAGCGCCGAUCGGAUGCCCGGACUGCAGCUGCGUUGCCUUUUGCGGAAGAAAAUGCAGGGACGUCGCGAUGACGACGUAUCACAAGUACGAGUGUAAAGUCCUGGCGUUGCUGAUAGGCUCCGGCAUGAGCGUGCUCAGCAUGGUCGCUCUUCGGAUGGUGACGCAGGAGGGUCUGCGAAAGUGUUUGAAGAUCCACGAAGAGUUAAAGAAGAGCGCUAUGAAAAAGGCGGCGAUGCCUUUGGCCGCGACUACAUCUCAUACGACAACGACGAUUACGGCGCCGGAUACGCACGACACGAAGGCGAGCAGCAAGUCGACUAAGAGAAGAAUCAGACGGAGGAAACUCAAGGAAUCCAGACGAGGCGAGGAAAUUACCGAGAUGACGGGGGAGAAGAGUACAAAGGAGACACGCGAAAGCGGCGACGUAGCCCCGUACAACUUGGUGACGCACGCGGACAGACGAACGAGCAAAGACUUCCUGGAGAGAUCGCUGAUGGCGGCCUUUCUGCUCAAGUGCCUGCAGAGAGUCGAUUUCUUCGCGAGCUCCACGCCAGACGACGAAGUCCCAGGCGCCGAGGAGAUCACCGUGGCCGCCCUGCUGCUGAGGAACCUGCAGCUGCUCCAAUUCAACGCCCACGAGUUCUUCGAGACGCGGGUGAGCGCGGAGCAUCGAUUUCGCGGCAGCCGACCGAUCUACCUCGGCGUGGCGAUUUAUCCCACAGUCGCCCGUUUCAAUCACGAUUGCUAUCCCGCGGUGACGAGGUACUUUGUCGGGCAACAUAUCGUAAUAAGGGCGAUACGCGGUCUGCGGCCUGGCGACGUUAUUGCCGAAAACUACGGACCGAUAUUCACGAAGAGGACUCUCGCCGAGCGUCAAAGGACACUGGCGGGAAGGUAUUGGUUCCGGUGUACGUGCAAAGCUUGCCAGGAGGAUUGGCCGCGCUUUGAGAAUCUGACGAACGAUUCCGCCAGGUUGAGGUGUCCUACGGCAGGAUGCGACAGACUACACCCACGAGCUCGGCAGGGUAAGCCGAUAAAAUGCCCGGGCUGUCAAAAGAAAAUCUGCUUGGAGGAUCGACUCGCGUGCCUACGGGAGUGCGAGGCUCUCUACGACCGUGGAUUGGCCAGUAUGGAGGACGAGAGGGUCGACGAGGCGAUCGCGACACUCUGCGACGCCCUGAAGAGAUUUCACCAAGUCGCCUGUCCACCGCAUCGGGACACACACCUGGCCGAAAUUGCUUUAAGCUCCUGUCUGGCUGACUACGGGAAUACUUGGCGACCGACGGCGCUUUGAAGAGCGCACAAACGGAGAAGCUGACUUGAACGGAUCCUGUAACCAUGCGGACGACCGCGGCGGUUCGAAGAUGUUCUUCGAAUAAAAGAGGUACGCGUUUGAUCGUGGCUACCGGUCAGGCCAAUUUGGCUGGCGCACUCUGUGAUAUGCGCCGAGACGUAUCCGGGCCAAUAUUCUAUAUAGUGUUUCAGACGAAAAUGUAUUAUUUGUUUAAAAAUGUAUUGCUUUCAGGUAUAUAAUAAAUUCUCAGUGACCUACUA